UUUGAAUGUUAGUGUCGUUAGCAGUAAUUAGCAGGUGUUUAUAGCUUGGUGGCAUUAGCUACACUGUAUAUUUGUUUGUGUGUUCACAGGCGUUUCUUCUACGGGCCCGUUUGUCACCCAGACGCCUGAUCUCUCUGUCACAGAGGGGGUGACGGUACGACUCAGCUGCUGCUGGACUGUGGAGUUUGAAAAACUGAGAGUCAACUGGAUGAAAAAUCAUAACGUGUAUAAAAGUCAAUCCAUUUACAAGACUAAUUGCACAAGAUCUCAACAUAAGGAGGAAUGCAGAUGUUCAUCUUUGAUGUUUCCAAAUAUUACAAGAGAGGAUUCAGAGAGAUAUGUCUGCAGGGUGACUAUGGAGAUUCCAACUUAUGCUACCUAUGAAGGAAACGGGACUCUCAUCAGUGUUAUGGCCAAAGAGAACUCAGAUAGUCCUGAGGAAAAGAAUGAGAAAGGACCAAAAGAAUUAGGCUCUGACUCGGACGAAGUGCUAGUUUAUGUCCUGCGCUGUCUGCCCAUCCUCGCUCUUGUUGGAACUUUCUUCUACCUCAACAAUAGAAGGUCCAGACCUCAGCAACACGCACCAGAUGGUCCAGGAGAUAAGAAUACUUCAGUUACGAUGGAAGAGAAAGAUGAAGAACAAGAAGAAAGUGAUGAUACAGCAACAAAAUUGGAGACGGCGGAAGAAAGGAUGUGACUUAUAUCAUUUGGGCGCAAUGCAAUGCAGCGCACAGUGUUGUUGCUUGUGUACUACUGACACCUUUGCCACUGUCACAACAAGUAGACAUGUAGUGUAAAUAACAUAUAUAUAUAUGUGUGUGUGUGUGUGUGUGUGUGUGCGCGCGCGCUUAUUUAUGCUCACAUGUGCAUUGGUCUAAAACUAUGGUGUGGUUGGGCUCGUUGCCCAUAGUUUGCCAUCGUGUGGCAGCAAAAUGCAAUUGCACCAUAGAUCAGAGUUUUUCUGCUGCAUAGUGCAAUUUUCAGAUACGCCUUACAUAUGUGGGUUAAUGAUGUCGGUAAAUGUGGGGAAGUGCAUUUGUUUAUCAUACCCCCAUAAAACAGAGUUGAA